AUGCCUUUUACUCCCAUGCCAAAGGUGCCGGAUAUUUACCUCCGAAACUGCAAUAUUAACGAUACACCUGCUGAGCAGUAUUUUGAACCCGUGCCUCUGGCCCAGCGUCCUGGGUUCAAUACAACCGGCAAAGAAAUAGCCUUGUCUGCAAACUUUUACCCCAUCCUUGAGUAUCCAAAGAAGAACGUUUACCAAUAUGACGUAAUGAUUGGAAACGGCGCCGAGAAGCGCGUUGUUAUGCAAAAGGUCUGGGACUCAAAGACUCGCAAGAGCAAACUUUCUCGUGAUUUCAUUUUUGAUGGAAGCAAGCUUGCCUGGUCUAUGACCAAGCUCGACAAAGAUGCCAACUUUGUUGUCGAUCUUGAUGCAGAGCAGGGACGUCCCCCGUCCAAGAACUCGAAUGCUUUCCGCUUGGUUGUUAGAUACACCAAGACAAUUUCAUUACAGACUUUGGCAUCAGCAAUUCGCGGAGACAUUAGUCAAGACAAAGAGACAACUCAAUGUCUUACCUUUUUCAAUCAUCUGCUGCGCGAAACUCCCAGCCAGAGAUUCAUAGCUAUCAAGUCUUCAUUCUUUUCUGACAAUAGCCCCCAGAUGUCUGUUGGUUGUGGCGUUCAUGCCUACAAAGGAAUCUUUCAAGCCAUACGGGUUGUUCAGGUCCUUGAACUUCGCGACCCUCAGCAGCUUAUCUACAAUUGCAAACCCGAGAAAGAUGACUUCGGAGGCCGAAAGGGCUCCAGAAAGUUUCAGCUCUUGGAUAGAAUGAGAAAACUCGUUGUUAGAGCCAACUAUCCAGGAUGUCCAUGUCCCGACAAAGAAUGGACCAUUAGAGAAUUCCUCUUGGCCAAUGCAAAGGAGUAUAAACUUGAGAUAAAGGACCAUGCAACUGGGAAGAUCAACUCCAUCUCUGUUUAUGACUAUUUUAAGAACCGAUACAACGUCACUUUGACAUACUGGGAGCUUCCGUUGGUCCAGAUGACUAAAAAGGACGUGGUAUACCCGAUGGAGGUUCUGGUAAUCUACAAGUCGCAAAAAUACCCCUUUAAACUCAAUGACUUGCAGACAUCAUCAAUGAUUAAAUUUGCAGUUACUCGGCCUGCAGAACGUCGCAAGGCAAUUGAAGAAUCAAAGAAGAAUCUGCAGCACCCGUCUGACCCCAUGCUCAAUGCUUACGGCAUGAAAAUCGGCGAUAAUAUGAUGAAGACCAGAGCACGUCUUAUGCCCAACCCUGAAAUCAUGUUUGGUGGAAACCAGAAAGUUAACCCAGGAACAAAUGGGCGCUGGGAUCUGAGAGGGAAGAAAUUCUAUACAAAGAAUACAAAACCCCUAAAGUCUUGGGGUGUUGGUGUUUUCAAGGGCCGCAACCCAAUUAAUAUGGCUCAGGUUGAAGCAUUUUGUGAUGCUCUUGUUCGGGCUUACCAAGGCCACGGUGGAGAUGUUGAGAGCCGCCGCCCCCUGAUCAUGGAAGUUGUUGCGGACCCUGCUAAGGCAGUCUUUGAAUUAUUCCACGCUACGGGUAACAAAUUCAACCUUCGCCCUGAACUAAUGAUUUUUGUCGUGGCAGAUAAACAAAGCUUCCAUUAUCUGCGAAUCAAAAAGUCGUGUGAUUGCCGCUUCGGUGUCCCAUCGCAGGUUUUACAGGGCCAGCAGGUGGGUAAGUGCAAUGGUCAGUACAUAUCAAACGUACUGAUGAAAAUCAAUGCCAAAUUGGGUGGGACAACCGCGAGAGCAGUCUCAAAGCAGUGCAGUGGGCUUCCUCCAUUCACUAUGAUUAUUGGGGCAGAUGUCUCCCACUCUUCCCCGGGCAGUUUCUCGCCAUCUAUGGCUGCGAUGACCGUUUCCAUGGAUACAUUUGGUGGCAGAUACACUGCUGGAUGCGAAACCAACGGAGAGCGUGUAGAACUUAUUAGCCAAGCUAAUAUCAGAUCCAUCUUGUCCCCAUUGAUUCGUGAGUGGGUUAUGACAGUUGGCAAAGGCAGCGUUCCGCAGAAGGUUUACUACUUCCGUGAUGGUCUUUCGAGCGGGCAGUUCCAGGCCUGUUUGCAGCAAGAGAUACCACAUAUCAAGGACAUCUUCAGCGAGAUCAUGGGCAGCGACUGGCCCGGAAAGAUGACCAUUGUUGUGGCCUCUAAGCGUCACCAUGUUCGUGCGUUCCCUGAGCCUAAUGACCGCAUGGCUGCCGACAAGAACGGAAACCCCCUCCCAGGCACUUUGGUUGAACGGGAUGUUACUGAUCCAUACAAUUGGGAUUUCCUCAUUUACUCUCACAUCGCUUUGCAGGGCACCUCGCGCCCAGUACACUACCACGUUCUUGUUGAUGGCAUUGGACACAACCCGAAUCAGCUCCAAAAUAUGAUUUACGACCACUGCUAUCAGUACAUGCGGUCUACAACCUCUGUCUCGCUGUCUCAGGACCGCAGUCUGGACCAGGAGUCAAGCAAGGUCAGGUCCGACAAGGACCCCGUGAGUCUGAUACUCCCCAACUUCUACCUAUGCCAAACAACGACCGCAUCGGGUUCAAAGUGUGGUACAUUUAAGUGUGCAUCAGCAUUGUCUCUCACUUUCCCCUUUAUUCUUAUUCAGAGGGACGCGUGCGUCGAGUGGGCCAAAAGAAAAAACACCAACAAACAAACAAACAAACAAAAAAAAAAAAAAAAAAAAUCACCAACAUCAACAUCACGACCAAGGCCAGGACUGAGAAGUAUUUCCUUUUUUUUUUUUUUCCCUUAUGACGAAGAUGCUGGAGGGAGUGGGAGCAUCUGUCCCCAGAGGAAGAUCCCCAGGCGGCGGCUCGAGGUUGCUCGGCGCGCUGCUAGGACUCCUCUGGGAGGUUAG